GCUGACAUUACAGUGCUGUGAACUUAUAGGAAGACCGAACAAUUCCAAAAAAUAGUGUAUUUAAUUUAACUGCCACUUCAAUUAUUAUUAACUAAACAUUGAAAAAGCUCCAGUUUCCUACAUUUAAUUUUUUAUUUUUUUUUUACCUUUAUUUAACCAGGCAAGUCAGUUAAGAACAUAUUCUUAUUUUCAAUGACGGCCUGGGAACAGUGGGUUAACUGCCUGUUCAGGGGCAGAACGACAGAUUUGUACCUUGUCAGCUCGGGAGUUUGAACUCGCAACCUUCCGGUUACUAGUCCAACGCUCUAACCACUAGGCUACGCUGCCGCCCCAUAUCAGGAGCCAAAUGCUUUUAUUACUUCCUACGGUCAAGAAAUGAAAUGUCUCCAUGAAACAAAAAAAGAUGGUGUCUAUAAUCCCAUGGCCUGCACUAAUCUAUUCUUCCCAGACUCAGUCUCUGACCUUGAAGGGUCAGGUCGAUGUGUUGGAGACUCAGUCUCUGAAGGGUCAGGUCGAUGUGUUGGAGACUCAGUCUCUGAAGGGUCAGGUCGAUGUGUUGGAGACUCAGUCUCUGAAGGGUCAGGUCGAUGUGUUGGAGACUCAGUCUCUGAAGGGUCAGGUCGAUGUGUUGGAGACUCAGUCUCUGAAGGGUCAGGUCGAUGUGUUGGAGACUCAGUCUCUGAAGGGUCAGGUCGAUGUGUUGGAGACUCAGUCUCUGAAGGGUCAGGUCGAUGUGUUGGAGACUCAGUCUCUGAAGGGUCAGGUCGAUGUGUUGGAGACUCAGUCUCUGAAGGGUCAGGUCGAUGUGUUGGAGACUCAGUCUCUGAAGGGUCAGGUCGAUGUGUUGGAGACUCAGUCUCUGAAGGGUCAGGUCGAUGUGUUGGAGACUCAGUCUCUGAAGGGUCAGGUCGAUGUGUUGGAGACUCAGUCUCUGAAGGGUCAGGUCGAUGUGUUGGAGACUCAGUCUCUGACCUUGAAGAGUCAGGUCGAUGUGUUGGAGACUCAGUCUCUGAUCUUGAAGAGUCAGGUCGAUGUGUUGGAGACUCAGUCUCUGACCUUGAAGAGUCAGGUCGAUGUGUUGGAGACUCAGUCUCUGACCUUGAAGGGUCAGGUCGAUGUGUUGGAGACUCAGUCUCUGAUCUUGAAGAGUCAGGUCGAUGUGUUGGAGACUCAGUCUCUGAAGAGUCAGGUCGAUGUAUUGGAGACUCAGUCUCUGACCUUGAAGAGUCAGGUCGAUGUGUUGGAGACUCAGUCUCUGAAGGGUCAGGUCAAUGUGUUGGAGACUCAGUCUCUGACCUUGAAGAGUCAGGUCGAUGUGUUGGAGACUCAGUCUCUGACCUUGAAGAGUCAGGUCGAUGUGUUGGAGACUCAGUCUCUGAUCUUGAAGAGUCAGGUCGAUGUGUUGGAGACUCAGUCUCUGAAGAGUCAGGUCGAUGUGUUGGAGACUCAGUCUCUGACCUUGAAGAGUCAGGUCGAUGUGUUGGAGACUCAGUCUCUGAAGAGUCAGGUCGAUGUGUUGGAGACUCGGUCUCUGAAGGGUCAGGUCGAUGUGUUGGAGACUCAGUCUCUGACCUUGAAGAGUCAGGUCGAUGUGUUGGAGACUCAGUCUCUGACCUUGAAGAGUCAGGUCGAUGUGUUGGAGACUCAGUCUCUGACCUUGAAGAGUCAGGUCGAUGUGUUGGAGACUCAGUCUCUGAAGAGUCAGGUCGAUGUAUUGGAGACUCAGUCUCUGACCUUGAAGAGUCAGGUCGAUGUGUUGGAGACUCAGUCUCUGAAGGGUCAGGUCAAUGUGUUGGAGACUCAGUCUCUGACCUUGAAGAGUCAGGUCGAUGUGUUGGAGACUCAGUCUCUGACCUUGAAGAGUCAGGUCGAUGUGUUGGAGACUCAGUCUCUGAUCUUGAAGAGUCAGGUCGAUGUGUUGGAGACUCAGUCUCUGAAGGGUCAGGUCGAUGUGUUGGAGACUCAGUCUCUGAAGAGUCAGGUCGAUGUGUUGGAGACUCAGUCUCUGACCUUGAAGAGUCAGGUCGAUGUGUUGGAGACUCAGUCUCUGAAGAGUCAGGUCGAUGUGUUGGAGACUCAGUCUCUGACCUUGAAGAGUCAGGUCGAUGUGUUGGAGACUCAGUCUCUGACCUUGAAGGGUCAGGUCGAUGUGUUGGAGACUCAGUCUCUGAAGGGUCAGGUCGAUGUGUUGGAGACUCAUUCUCUGAAGAGUCAGGUCGAUGUGUUGGAGAAUCAGUCUCUGAAGGGUCAGGUCGAUGUGUUGGAGACUCAGUCUCUGAAGAGUCAGGUCGAUGUGUUGGAGACUCAGUCUCUGACCUUGAAGAGUGAGGUCGAUGUGUUGGAGACUCAGUCUCUGACCUUGAAGGGUCAGGUCGAUGUGUUGGAGACUCAGUCUCUGACCUUGAAGGGUCAGGUUGAUGUGUUGGAGACUCAGUCUCUGACCUUGAAGGGUCAGGUCGAUGUGUUGGAGACUCAGUCUCUGAAGAGUCAGGUCGAUGUGUUGGAGACUCAGUCUCUGACCUUGAAGAGUCAGGUCGAUGUGUUGGAGACUCAGUCUCUGAAGGGUCAGGUCGAUGUGUUGGAGACUCAGUCUCUGAAGAGUCAGGUCGAUGUGUUGGAGAAUCAGUCUCUGAUCUUGAAGAGUCAGGUCGAUGUGUUGGAGGGCAGUAGGAGGAAGAAGGAAUACUAG